CGUCGCGAUAAUUAUGCGUCAUAGUGUAACUAUCAGCUGGGAGUUUUGAAAGCCACUAUUAAUUCUUUAACAAUAACAAGAAAAGCAAAGCAAAAAAUACUUUAAAUGACUGCAUAUACACAUCCGUUGAUUUACAACGCACAAUGUGGGAAAUUUGCUUAUCAAGAGGCAUUGAUUAAGAGGCCGAUAUACUAAUUAAUAUUUUGUCUCAGUAUUAUUUGAUAAAAACGAUGUUUUUCGUGGUUGCCUUUAAUUAUGCUAAUUGUUCAACAUUUUGUGAUAUUUAAAAAGCUAGUGUCAGAGUCAAGUAAACGAUUUGUCUGUUAAAAAAAUACGUUGACAUGUUUCUUGUCAUAAUAAUGGAAUAAAAUACAGUCAUUUGAACUUGAUGCAAAGAUAAAUAAACUGACGCGAGAAAACAAACAAACAAACGUUGCCUGUAAUUAGUAUAUUGAUGUGUUGAAGUUGAACUUCCUGCGUCUCCCGCACACGUGCGCGAGCAGUGAGAUGUGUUUCUUUGGUAACGCGCACCUGCUACACCAACACGCGGCGUGUCACUGUGACAGCUGUGUCGGUAGACCCUAAAACUAUUAUCACACUACGCAAAGUUACUUUGUCGAACUCGGCGAACCACUGGGUUAAACUGAGAUCUCAAAUCUCAAAGCAAAAGAGCAAAACCCCGGAGGAGAUCAUGUCCACAAGAGAGGUGACAGAGAAAACAGCUGAUGAGAGCGCUGAUGACGAGACAGACUGGCUCUAUGGAGAUGACAAUUUUGAAGAAGAAGAGACAACAGAAAAGGAAGUUUUCAGUGCUCUGAUUGGUGAUGUUGAUGGAGUGAGUGGACUCAAUUACCAGCCAUUUUGUUUUUCCCUCACAAAGGAGAGUGAAUCAGACAGUGAUGAUGAUGUCUGUGUGACCAUCGGUGACAUUAAAACAGGCGGAUCUCAGGGCUCGUCAUUUGGUUCUAGUUCUGUUAGUCUGAACAUAAAGACCUCUGUAUCAGGCUCCAAGUCCAGAGGGCUGGAUCUGGAUGCUGAAGGCAAUGUCCUGAAGGUGGAUGUGGAGUCCUUUGAGGAGAAGCCAUGGAGGAAGCCAGGUGCAGAGCUGUCUGACUACUUUAACUAUGGUUUUAAUGAGGACACCUGGAAGGCUUACUGUGACAAACAGAGACGACUACGCAUGAGCCUAGAGAUCCUGAGCCUGGGGUCAUUAAGCAAAAUAAUGGUUCAUCGGAGUUCUAGUAAUGAUCUGUCAGAACACUCAACCAGGAAGUCAAGUGGUGGGAUCAGUGUUAUCGGAGGGCAAGCAGGGACCAUAAGUCGCGUGGAAGGAAGAAGACGUCACAGUGCUGAUGAAAAUAACGUCCAGGUUGUGUCAGAGCAAUCCUCGGACACAGAGCUAUCUUCCCCAAAGCUGCUGCCCUUCUUUCCUCCCAAUAUCCCACCUCCACCUUUCCCUCCUCCCUCCAUCAGCACCACACUUCCCCUCAUACCACCACCUGGUUUCCCAUUACCUCCCGGGGCCCCUCCACCUAUGAUACCACCAUUAGAUAGCAGUGGACGUUUGGGAGGCUAUGAUCGACGCUCUGCUACACCUUACCCCUUCCCUGCAGGUGUGUAUACACCUGCAGUGGGCGUGGCUUCAUGGUCAGGUGUGAUAGACAGCAGCAAGGCAUGGGAAAACUACACCCGUCAUAACAAGGAAAGGGUUAGAGAGAAAGCCAGAGAAAGAGGACACACAAAAGACCAAGAGCAGGAGAGAGAGCGGUAUAGAGAAACUGAUCGAGAACACAGCCCCUCCUCCCAAGAGCACAGAAGUGAGGAGGAGCGUGUGUCUCGACACAGGGAUCACCGUCAUUACGGAAGCGAGAGGUACCGAGAAAGCUCGGGAAGAGAAGGAGUGAGAGACAGACAUCGAGAAAGAAGACACAGAGACAGGAAUGAACAACAUAGAUCCUCACGCAGUGGAAGCAGCAGGAGGCGUCAUGAUAGUGAUGACGCAGAUAGCCACAGGAGACACAGGCAGAAACGCUCUAGACACAGCCGAGGAAGUCUUGAGCCCAGCGAGGAGUGCAAUGUGGACCAGGAGAACCAGUCAGAGGCCACAGAAUAACUCCAUGGCCAGCUGGUGAGCCCGUUUGUGGACCAAUAGGAGGUCUUUAGUAAAAGAUCAUUAGUUUUAUCACCAGUCAGAGCCUGAGUGACCAACUGUGAAUAGAUUCUGAUUAAUAGUAUGCACUAGUAUGCACAGACACUUGAUAAACCUAUUUAUGUUACCAUUUUAUCAAUUUAGCAUUUAAUUUCCUGAAAAUAUUAUUUAAAAAAAAAUUAAAAGGUGGUCAACAAAGAACACAAUUUUUAUUUAAAAAUGUAUUUAUUAAUUGAUUUAUUAUUGUUUUGUUAAUACAAAUUUGUAUUUUUGUUGUGCCAAAUGUUAAUUUUGUUGAAGAAAAAUCAUUAUAAACAUAAUCAAGAAUUGUAAAUGUGUGUGAACCAUGAUUUAGAGUCAAGAUCACCAACAGAUGUACUGGCCUUAAAACUUAAUUGAAAUUAAUACAUUAUUCAGCAAAAAUGCAUUAAAGUCAUCAAAACUAACAGUAAACAUUUUUUAUUCAUCAAAUAAUCCUGAAAAAUGCUUUUCUCAACAAUAUUAUGCAGUAUAACGGUUUUCAACAUUUAUAAUAAUCAGAAAUAUUUAUUGAGCACCAAAUCAGCAUAUUAUAGAAUGUUUUCUGAAGGAUCACGUGCCUUUGAAGUAAUGAUGCUGAAAAUGAUGCUUUCCAUCACAAAAAUAAAUUAUAUAUUAAAGUUAUAGCGCCUUUAAACUGAUGUAAAAUACUAUAAAACAAGAAUACUGAAAUAUUAUUACAAACAUCCAGCCUUUGUAAACA